GCAGCCGUGGCCGUUUCAAUUAACCUUGGGUGCAAUAGGCAGGCGGAUGGAUUAAUGAAAUUGCGAGAGCGCCGCCGGAGAGCCUCUCUCAGGUUGGCCGCGGUGGUGAACAUUGCCCAAGUGUGGCAGUCAGUCACGGGACGAUGACGCACAAUACACCCAAGAGGGGCUGGUGAAAACCGAGUUGGCAGCUCAUUCUGCUUCAGUACCUCGGCGCGGAAGCCUCUCAGAGCUGAGAGAGUGGGCCCCGGCAGGCAUACAGCGAGCAGCAGCGACGGUCUCUCUCGGUGUGCACGCGGGAAAAGCGGGAAAGGAGCUGCACAGGGAACGUCCGUCAAUCGGGCAGAGACGGGAAGAGCGAGAGCGGGCGCGUCGUCUGCCGGCAGCGAGCGGGGCGCAGCGCGAUGGAGGAGCCGGCCGAGCUGACCACCAGCAGCAGCGAGCACCUGUCCACCAGCACGGCCAGCAGCAGUCUCGCCGCCGCCUCCGCCAGCGCCACCAAAAAGAAGUCGGCCAAGAGCCGGCUCGCGCAGCCUUUCAAAAGCCUGGUCGGCAGGAGUCAGAGCUUGAAAGCGAGCAAGAGCGCCGCCGACGCCAACGACGCCGCCGCCGACAUGCAGCGCGCCUCCGACCUGCUCCUCACCGACGGCCUGCCCCGCCCCCCUGCCAAGUCCAAGAAGGACAAGAAGAAUAAGGCCAAAGGGGCCUCCAGCCCCGCCGCCUCCGCCGCCCCCACAUCGCCGCUGCCCGACGAAAAGCCUCCCAAGGAUCUCGCCUCCGCCGAGGAAUCUGCAUCCGAGGACGGUAAGAAGAGCAGAAAGAAGAAAACCUCGAUAGUGCGGCGGCUCAGCAACAAAAUCCGCACCAGUAAACCAGAUCAAAUGGAAUCGGCACCAACGUCAGAAGUGUCGGCGGCAGAACUGACCUCGGAAGACACGCUGUCGUUGACGAGCUCGUCGACGUACGGCGCCAAGACGCCCGAGCAUCCCAGCAGCACCCCGCCGUCGGCGCAACCCUUACCGGUGAGCAAGGAGAUGGACGAGGAGGAGUGGGGCGGCCCGUCCGAGGGGGCCUCGUCGGUGGAGCCCACCUCCUCGCUGGAGCCCACGUCCUCCUUGGAGCCGACCUCGUUGCCCCUGGCGACCAAACACUCGGAGGAGGAGUUAGCGCAGCCCCCGAUCGCCGCCGCCGGCUCCGAAAUGAGUCUGCAGGCCGAGCUGCAAGAGGCCAUGGCGGCCGAUCAGGAGGCCGCGGCCACCCAGCUGCCCAACGGCGCCCCCGAGCAGGUCCCGUCGACCCCCGUCGAGUCCCCGACGGCUCCUCAGUUCGAGCCCAGCUUGGUGCCCACGGUCGACCCGACCCUCGUGGUGCCCGACAAUACGGCGCAAAAUGGUGAACGCCGCGAGCACCUGUACAAGAUCUUGGUGAUCGGAGAGCUAGGCACGGGCAAAACGUCCAUCAUCAAGAGGUACGUGCACCAGUUCUUCUCGCAGCACUACAGGGCCACAAUCGGGGUCGACUUCGCCCUCAAAGUGCUCACGUGGGACCAGAACACAAUCAUCCGCCUACAGCUCUGGGACAUAGCAGGCCAGGAGAGGUUCGGCAACAUGACUAGAGUGUAUUACAAGGAGGCGGUUGGGGCUUUUAUCGUGUUUGACGUGACUCGAACAGCCACCUUUGAUGCUGUGCUCAAGUGGAAGAACGACCUCGAUACAAAAGUCAAGUUGUCUGAUGGCACCGCCAUCCCCUGCGUCCUCCUCGCCAACAAGUGCGAUCAACCAAAGGAGGGCAUUGCCAACACACCAGCUAAAAUGGACGAGUAUAUCAAAGAGCACGGUUUCGCCGGCUGGUACGAAACGUCAGCAAAGGAAAACAUCAAUAUCGACGAUGCUGCCAGGUUUUUAGUCUCCAAGAUUUUGCAAAACGACAUGCUGGUCAACAACUCAAAUGAAAAGGAAGUCGGCUUUGCUCUGAAUACCGGUGACAAGGAUCAAAACCAAAGAUCAUGCGCCUGCUAGCACCCAUGAACACUUUAUAGCUAAAAAACUCAGAGCAGUGCCAUUUCAGUUACAUUCCAACUCUGGUCUACUGAACCACUAUUUUUAAAAUCACCCAUCCGCUUUGAUCAAUGUUCGGGCAGAAAAAAAUCAGCAGUUUGAUUGAUUUUUAAUAACAAAUGCUGCCUCUAAACAGUUGGAACUGACUCGUUUCUUUAUUGGAGUAGUCAACUUUUAAUUUUGCAUGCUGGAAAGCAAAAAUGUUUGGUUCUUGUAUUAUAUGCUAUGUCUAGUGGGCCCGCCAACUGAUUUUUGUUUUCAGCGUGCCAUAUGAAAGGUUUUCAGUGCAACGGCUCACACGAGUCUGAUUUAAAUUUUGUAAUGACACCACGUUUCACUAAAUGUCAAAUACUGCUGAGCUACAAAGAGGUAUAAAAAUGAUGAACUUGUAGCUUGCUGCUUAAUCAACGAAACCGUGCCAAAAUCAGAAUCACGUCCUUUCUUACUUCAUGAUGUCUAGAAUUCGUUUUUUUUAUAAAUUAGAAACAAUUACUGUGUUAUAGAUUAGAUUUGCGCACUUGUCAUGAGAGAAAAAUGAAAAGCUGGAAGUAGCAAAAAGGAUGUCGCGACACACGACCUUAACUUUAAAAAUGUGCCUUUGAAUGUAUCCAGGACCAGCACGUAUUCAUGUGUUCAAUCAAUUUUCUAACAUUCCUACAAUAAUUACCAUCUUAAUUACUAUGUAUGUUUCCUUUAGAGAGAUGUUUGUAUAUCUAUGGCAUAUCUACCAGAUUUGAAGUAAUUGAUGAUAUCUGUUAAUCUUUUUUAUUCUAUAGAGGUUUUUACUUUUUUAUUCCUAAGAUCCCUUUUUCUAGCUGUUAUUUAAGUGCAGAAAAUUGUUUCCAUUAUUGAAAAUAAACACAGACUCUCUAAAAGUUUAAAAA